AUACGAAAAUCUUCGAUUCAGUUUUUUCUUUCAGCUCUUGAUGAUAAAACUAAAAUAUUAAUGAGUAACACGAUCGAUUUUAAUCAAUUGGGGAUCGUGGAGCCCAAUCAGAAGAUCAAACAUCUGGUAUCAUUGGGAAGUAAUGUUGCUCUUGAUCCCAAUCAAAAAAUUUUAAGAUACUAUCGUUCUGGAAACGAGCUUUAUAGACAAGCUAAAGUUUACCUUUCUGAAGGUGACUACUCAAAUGCUUACAUACUCUUUAUGCGAUUUCUAACACUCUUCGUCGAGAAAAUUGUGAAACAUCCGCAAAUCAAAGAAGUUCCAGCUGAUGUCAAGAAAGGCAAUAAAGCUAAACUUGCUGAAAUUCUACCAAUAACUGAGAAUCUCAAGAAACAACUUCUCGCACAAUAUGAACGUGAAUAUGAACAAUAUUUAAUUGACCAGGAAAAUGAAAUGAAACGAGCUUUAGAAGAAGCCAAACGACAAGAAAUUGAAGAGGCAAAAAAUCGAAAUGAUAAUCGUAAUAAUAAACCAAAUCCGUCAUAUAUUCAACCACCAUUUGUUCCAUCGGCACCGAAUUUAGCUGACUUGGAUCAAAUUGUUUAUCCUAAUGAAUUUCCCUAUGCAGACCCACCUAAGUCAUCUGGUCUGUUGCCUGGAACUAGACCAACAUUCGAUCGUUCGGCAAAACCUUCUCUUUCCUUUAUUGAGGGUGGAUUAAGAACGGUGAAAAUUCCUGACGAUACUAUGAGAAAAUUUUUAGAAGUCGCUCGACCGAAUACUCUGAAAAAUGUUGAAACUUGUGGAAUUCUUGCUGGACAAUUAAAACAACAUCAACUACUGGUAACGCAUGUGAUAUUGCCAAAGCAAUGUGGAACAUCUGAUUCAUGUAACACGAUGAAUGAAGAAGAGAUUUUUGAUAUUCAAGAUCAAUUGAAUCUCAUAACGCUUGGUUGGAUUCAUACGCACCCUUCACAAACAGCUUUCCUAAGCUCAGUCGACUUGCACACGCAAGCUGGAUACCAAAUAAUGAUGCCGGAGGGUUCAUCAUAUCUCAAGCGUGCAACGACAUCAAAACUUCGCGAAAUUUUCGAAAAGUAUGCAACGAAAGAACUUCGCGGUGAACGUGUCAUGUCCACUGAGGAUUUUGUUCGCAAUUUCCUCGGCAUUUUUCCUGAUGAAAACUAUAAUGAGGAAUCAGUUUAUUUGUUGGCUGGUGUUGCUGACACAAAUAAAGAUGGUUCAAUAUCAUUCUCAGAGUUUCAAGCAUUUGAGGGUCUUCUCUGUCAACCUGACGCACUUUACAAGACCGCAUUUCAAUUGUUCGAUAAAAAUGGCAACGGAAUGGUCACGUUUUCCGAAUUUGCUGCAGUUAUUAAAAAAACAGAGCUUUAUGCAAAAGUUCCAUUCAAACUUGAUGGACCAUUUACAGAACUUUAUUUCGGUCGUGAUCGAACACGUGCCAUCAGUUAUUCAGAAUUCUCACAAUUCUUACAUGACUUUCACGAAGAAUGUGCACUUGAAGCAUUUAAAUUGAAGGAUCCAAACCGCUCCGGUUACAUCACAGCAUUAGAUUUUCAGGACAUUAUGUUGAAUGUUAAAAAGCAUUUAUUGACGGCUGAAGUGAAAGAUAAUGUGUUGCAGGUGACUGAAGGCAAGAAAGUCAGUUUUCCUUAUUUUAUGGCUUUUUGUUCACUUUUGAACAACAUGGAAUUGAUCAAGAGAGUUUACUUGAAUGCAACCAGCGGAAAUCGUCUCGAGCCAAUCACUAAAGAUGAGCUUCUUCACUCAGCACAAACAAUGUCACAAAUAACGCCACUAGAAAUUGACAUUCUCUUUCAACUCACCGGUGCCAUUCAUCAACAUGGACGAAUCGUUUAUAGCGAUUUAUCAAACAUUGCACCUGAGAAUUACAUAAAGAAGAUUACAGCGCGAUUAACUGACAUCAAAGCUGUUGAGACACCAGCUGAUCGUUCAGCUUUCAUUGCAAUCUUAGAAAGCGCAUAUCGUUUCACUUUGGGUUCAGUGGCUGGCGCUGUUGGUGCGACUGCUGUUUAUCCAAUCGAUUUAGUUAAAACUCGUAUGCAAAAUCAACGUUCUGGUCCAAUCGUUGGGGAAUUGGCUUACAGAAACUCUUUGGAUUGUUUCAAGAAAGUUGUCAGACAUGAAGGCGUUCUUGGACUGUAUCGUGGUUUGGUUCCACAAUUACUUGGAGUUGCACCUGAAAAAGCCAUCAAACUCACAGUUAACGAUCUUGUCCGUGAUAAAUUUAUGGAUAAGCAAGGAUUUCUCCCACUUUGGUCUGAAUUUCUUGCCGGCGGUUGUGCUGGCGGUUCUCAAGUUGUCUUCACAAAUCCUCUUGAAAUUGUGAAAAUUCGUUUACAAGUAGCUGGAGAAAUGGCAGGUGGCGCAAAGGUUCGUGCAUGGAGCGUCGUGAAGGAACUCGGACUGUUCGGUCUUUACAAAGGUGCUCGUGCUUGUCUUCUUCGUGAUGUCCCAUUUUCAGCAAUUUAUUUUCCCGCCUACGCUCAUGUGAAAGCAUCAUUUGCUGAUGAAGACGGUUACAAUCAUCCUCUGUCUCUUCUUGCCGCUGGUGCAAUUGCUGGUAUUCCAGCAGCGUCUUUAGUGACACCAGCUGAUGUUAUUAAGACACGAUUACAGGUUGUAGCGAGGUCAGGACAAACAACGUAUACGGGUGUGAUUGAUGCAGCAAAGAAAAUUAUGAGAGAAGAAGGUCCAAAAGCUUUUUGGAAAGGAACAGUUGCUCGAGUCUUCCGAUCAUCACCACAAUUUGGUGUGACGCUUGUGACUUACGAAUUGCUUCAACGAACAUUCUACGUUGACUUUGGUGGUACGCGUCCAACAGGGUCCGAAUCACAGAAGCCUGGCGUACCUUCGUUAUUAUCUGGAAAAACUGAUAAUCCUGACCAUAUUGGAGGCUAUCGUGCCGCUGUUCCAAUGAUUAAUGGAAUAGAAACCAAAUUUGGUUUGAGUUUACCACGUUUUAAAUCAACGAUAACUGCCGAAUCGUUUAAGACACAAAAAUCGUGAUUCUGGAAAAGAAAUUAAAACAAUUGAUAGAAAGAAAUUAAAAUUAGUUUCUAAUUGUAUUUGUUGAUAAGAUUUAAAAGUUUAGUUUGGUGAUUUUUGUUUGAAGAGAAAAUCGAAGUGAAAUUAAAAUCAUGAGAAAAGAAAAUUCUGACGUUUCUAAUAAGGAAAAAAAAAAUUUUAAUUAACAUUUUUCCAAUGAUUUUAUUCGUUAAUUUUCUUUUCAAUCACCAAACAUUGACUUUGUGUUUAAGAACGAAAAAACAAGAAAAAAAUGUUAAAAUGUUAAUUUUCUCUCACAUUAAAUAUUUGUCACAGUUAAAUCACGUCCAGCUUUUGUAAAUUCAUUUAUUUUUAUUCAAAUAGGAAGAAUGCUUGUUUCAUAUGCAAUGAACCUGUAAAAUAUUAUGACGAGCGUCAACAAGACGUUUGCAGUUAAACAUGAAAGCAUAACUUCCGUAAUAUAUUCUAAAUUAAAUGUUGUUAUCUACUAAACCUUAAAAAGGUGUUUGUUCUUGAUAUAAACUCAAUAUUUGUAAAUGUUCUAGAAAACUUAUAAAAAGAAUAUCUCAAACAUGAAGUAAAAGUUCAAAAUUCAAAUUAAAUAUUUAAUGUAGCUUAGGCUAUCACUAAAACAUCUAUUUUUGCACAAAAAACUGUACAGCAUGGACAUCAAUUUUAUUUUUAAUUCAAUUUUGUUCUUAUUUUUACUUGUGAUAGAUAAGAAAAUGAAACUUUUUGUUGGACUCAAUUAAAAUGUUAAAUAAUGAUAAAGAAAAAUUUGCUGCUGACCUCAUUGAAGUUUAUUUUAUUAAAUAAUUUUACCAUUUUUAUAGGACACCGAUGGUAACAAAAAGUCAAUAUUUAAAAAAAGAAAGCACAAUGAAUGCAAAAAGCUUUUGACUGUCGCAAUGAAAAAUAAAUGAGAGAAAUUAUUGAAAAUAAAAUUCAAAUGAUUCACUAAAUUC